AUGAGCGACGACUCAAAUGAAGAGAUACAAAGUUUCCGUGUGCACUUGAGCGGCGCGGGUUAUUUUUCGCACUCUCUGCUGUAUUACGGUUAUUAUAGUAACUACACGCUUCAGACAGAGCUUAGCUGCUCUGAAUCAGUGAACAGGACGUCCUGUAGUUCUGCUCUGUCAUAUAACAUGCCUCUGGUUUACUUCUUCACCAUCGGUGUGGCGUUCUUCAUCACCUGCAUCAUCCUCGUCUACAGCAUGUCCAAGUCAUUUGGUCAGAGUUUUCGUAUCGAUAAGUCUAAAGGACUUUUGGCCAUUAAAGUUUUCAGCUCUUGGGACUUUAAAGUCAGUAAGAAAUCUUCAGUCAGACUCCAGCGGGAAAACAUCGGCACACAACUCAAAGAGCUGGUGGCGGAAGUGAACCGUCUGGAGUUGAAGUUUCCUGUCCUCCAGCGAUUAUUCCGGCUGUUUAUUCACAUGUUGGCAUGGCUUAUGUGUCUGGGCAGCACGCUGGCAUGUGUGCUCGCUGUGUAUUACUUCUCUGAACACAUGCACAAGCACUUGAUGAUUAACGCUCGCUUGAACACGAGCUCCUCUAAUGAUCUGUUACUGAAGGAGGCAAGUCUGUUAGCUCUUCCUGUGGUCGUGUCCAGCAUCAAUCUGCUCCUGCCUGGAUUCUUCAACACUGUGGCCUGGAUGGAGGAGUAUGAUUCUCCCAGCGUGCUCAAUUACAUCUCAAUUGGCAGGAACUUGUUGUUGAAAGUGAGUGUUUUGGGGGUGCUGUGUUAUCAUUGGCUGGGGCGAGUGGCAUCAGACCCUCAGAGUCUGGGAUUACAGUGCUGGGAGAAUUUUGUCGGGCAGGAGUUGUACCGUUUCCUUCUAAUGGACUUUAUCUUCACGCUGCUCGACACAUUCUUUGGAGAGUUUCUGUGGAGGUUGUUUUCUCAGAGAGCUCUGAAGAGGAAAAGGAAACCAAAGUUUGAUAUCGCACGGAACGUUCUAGAGCUUAUCUAUGGACAAACUCUCGCCUGGUUGGGUGUGCUGUUUUCCCCUCUGUUACCUGCUGUUCAGAUUAUUAAGCUGCUGUUUCUCUUCUACAUGAAGAAGGUGAGUCUGAUGAUGAACUGUCAGGCAUCUGGUAAACCGUGGCGCGCCUGUCAGAUGACCACCAUCUUCAUCACGCUGCUCUGCUUCCCCUCUUUUCUGGGCGCCGCUGUGUGCGUCACGUACACCAUGUGGACGAUAAAGCCGUCUGACAGCUGCGGACCGUUCCAGGGUUUGAAGACCAUGUUCCAGUCCGGGAAAUUGUGGGUGCAGCAGCUGGCAGCAGCCAAUAAGAAUCUGUCCUGGCUCAGCUGGGCGCACGCACACCUGGUGGAGAACCCGCUCUUCCUCUUCCUGUCUGCUGGCAUCUUCUUAAUCGUGAUUUACUUUCACAGUCAGGUGGUUGAUGGACAGAGGAAGAUCAUCGAGCUCCUUCAGGAACAGAUUGAAAAUGAGGGAGAAGAUAAAAAGUUUCUCAUCAUGCGACUGCAGCACAUUCAUGAACAGAGACGAACAGUUUCAACACGCCGCCUUAGAGGAGCCAGCAAGGACUCGAGCUAUUCAUGAGUUGACCUUGACGCUCUUUACCAACUGACAGUGACGUCGAGCAACUUCCUGUUGACCUGUAACAUGGAAACACUCUGGAAAAAACAGUUUACAGUAAAAACUUGCUGAAAGGACACCAGACCGAGCGCAAGUAGAGAACUCUGUAAUCAUGAAAGACACGUUGAUCGUCACAGUUCAUUCGCUCAAACUUGAGGAACGAUUUACAGGCAUACAUGAACGUAGAGACGCCAAUGUACUGUGAUUGUGUCCCGACAGCUCAGAAAUCUGUGGUUGAUAUAGAAUUAUACUGUUGAACAGAAGCACGGUAAAUUAUUGACAAGAGUGAGAGACACGGAAAGUUUUCUCUUGAAAAUGUUUCACUGUCACUGGCUUAUUUGUUUAGUUGGUUUUAGGUAAUUCUUUGAAAAUUCACUCUUUAUUUUGGUGACGGUGUAAUAUUUAUCAUUAAGAAACUUAACAUUACUGUGAAAAGUGGAAAUAUUUAACUCACCGUUAUAUUUCUCUCCCUCUCUCAAAAACUGGACCUUUUUUAAAUUGUGAUAGUAUUUUCAGAAAGGCAAUUUUUUAAUAAACAUUUUUUA